CGAUGCGAUCAUGUUGCUCCAGACCGUAAUUGCUGGGUUCUCAGUCCUCCAAACGAUUUCAGCUUGUGGAGUCCCAGAAAUUUAUGACAGAUCCGCAGCACUUCAAAAAUUGGCCAUCACCAAUGUGCGGGUCUGGGAUGGGAACAAAUUUCCCAGGGCAGCCAGUACAGUCGUCAUUGUCGGAGGCAUCAUCUCGAAUGCCAAUUCGAUCGGAGCGGUAAAGGUCAAUGGCAAAGGAGGAUUUUUGAUUCCAGGGCUUAUUGAUUCGCAUGUUCAUCUAACGGAUUGUUCCUAUUUGUCGACGCUGCAAACUUAUGGAGUCACGACAGCGCUGGAUAUGGGGACGUAUCCUUACGAUCCCAUGAUGAAUUGUCAUGAUCACGGGUUGACCGAUGUUCGCGGCUCGGGGGCAGCUGGAACAGUAAACGGGACCAGAAUUGGUCUCAUCCCAGGUUUCCCAACUGAUUCUUUUAUUCCAACGCCUGAAGCGGGAAGAAAGUUCGUUGCGGCCCGAAAGGCUGUUGAGGUCGACUAUAUCAAGUUGUUCUUGGACCCACUGGGACCUGAUGAUGCGACUAUCAAGGCGGUUGUAAACGCUGCUCACAGAGAAGGUUUGCAAGUCAUUGGUCAUGCUACGACCAAAGCAUUGUACGCACAAGCAGCGCGGACUGGUAUUGAUAUUAUUACCCACGCCCCAGUCGAUCAGGCUUUGGACACUGCCGUUCUCAACAACAUCAUCACUAACAAAACGAAAAUCGUACCGACCUUACUUAUGAUGCAGUCAACCAUCAACAACACAGGCGCACCAUUCUUUCUGUACACCUCAAACGUUGCCGGGAGUACCAAAGCCCUUCUCGACAACGGCAUUCAAAUAGCCGCAGGGACAGACAGUAACGACAACGCGUACGUCCCCGCCAAUCCUCCUUUCGGCGAGUCGCUCCACGAGGAACUCGCCCUGAUGGUGGGCGCUGGAUUCACGCCCAGCCAAGCAAUCCAGGCUGCUACUUCAGUUCCCGCCAAUAUGUUCAAAAUUUAUGAUCGAGGCUCUAUCAAACCUGGACUGAGAGCGGAUCUGGUCCUGUUGACUGCGGAUCCAACUGUUGAUAUCGCUAAUACGAGAAAGAUUGCGAGGGUUUGGAUAGAGGGUGUUGCUAGCUAGGAUAAUAAUGUAACAAUUGAAAUUAGGAGGAAAAUCCCUGACUAGGUAAAUGAUAGUAUCAUGAACGACAUGAACAACUUAUAUUGUAUAGCUGAACAUCUAGUCGCAAAUUGAAAGACGCAAAAAGGUGGUAAGUGCGGGGUAAAUUUCCUCACUCACACUACGUAGCUGAGGCUAUGGAUGCUGAAGAUAGCGUACCAGAACUGAGCUACGGUCAGCAUGCGCCAGCUUCUUAAAUCAGAUCUGUAGGGGCUCUCCAAAAAUCGAAAGUCAGUAACCUAGUCUAGGUAUUGCUCAGAGUGUAAGCUUCAGUAGCGUCAGUGACAAGUGCAAAUUUCAUGCAACAAAAGCACAAGCGUGAAGUAAACAAUUCAAUCAACUACCUUAAUAAGCCAAGCAUUAAACAAGGAGCAGGACGGAAACAAGUGGUAGAGACAAAGGUAAAGCAAUGAUAGAAUUCAUCAACUACAGAGCAGCCAAACUAACUUUGAGAUAAAGUUGGAGCAACUAAAUAACGUCGACGAGCCAGCCGUAGACGCCGACAGUUUCCUCUAUCAGAGUCACAAAGUUCUGUAAUCAGUGACCCAGAUCAGUCCUGCGCUCCUUGUAUUUGUCGGCUCUCCAGGACCCUUAGCACUAGCACGAUUGCAUCCGGCCAAGCCGUAAAAGCAAGUGCGGGUAAUCCGGUCGAGCGAAAGCGCGUAGCGACGGCGAUCAGCUCUUCUGGCAAAUACGUUAUGACAAUGCAUAGAAACAUUGAGCGGCGGAGUCGAGGACGAGAGGUAACAGCUAUUCCAGUAGUUGGCGGGAUAGUACCGUGCUGCAGGGCGAGUUGUUCAGCAUCAGCAUCAAAUGUUAAAGUAGUUGCUGUUCGCAUCCUCCACUAGGAUCGACGAGAAGCCUUGACCACUGGCAUCGACAACAGUAUUGCGCUGCAAUGGUGCGAUGAUCGCUGAGCCAUAUACCCAAGACCUGCUUUUGAUUCGUCCUGCAGAUCAGACUGGUCCUUGUAGAAACAGAAUCGCAGCGGCCGACGGCAGCUGAUCGUCAGAGGCGCGCCAAUUUGGAAGGAGUUUUGGUCUGCUCCUGCUUUCGAAGCAGUGAUAUGAAGAUUUGAAGGAUCACAUCGUUUUCUUGGACCUAGAAUCUCCUGGUGGCGGAGGUUGGAGGUGAGGCUGAGUGCAAAGGUCAAAUGCUCCUUAGAUGAGUCACCAUCGAACUAAGUCAGACACGGAAAAUCGCUCAUGAUUGUAUCUGCUCCGUGUAAUGCGCGAAUUCAGGUUAUGCCUCGAAGAGAAGCAUCUUUGAUACCCUCAGCACUGAAAACUGCUCGUAACUGUUCCUUGUAUCUUUCUUCUUCUUCAAUCUUCCUCUCGAUCUCCUUUGCUGCACCAGCACGCCAAUACGGGGACACAACUUGAUCAAAUAUCCGCAUUUCGCAGUGCUGUGGACAGAAACGUCGCUGGAUGUGCUCGUUAAAGAUUCGAAACAACCCCCUGGGACUAUUUAUGGCAUGGAAGUACCAAAAGCUUCCAGUCUCCCAACAAUUCCUGAGUAUUGGUGCUUGGUAAAUCCCCCCUCUAGCCAUACCUCUCUCUUCUUGUUCGAAAACUUCGAGGUACUCCAUAACGAGUUGAUGAUAUGUGUCAAGAUGUUCACCUGGUUCCAUCUGAUCUAUAGCCCGCCCUGAAAGCCAGUAUGGAGGGCACUGGAGGUGGAUGGGCAAGGAACAGGCCCAUUCCAAGUCGAUUAGAGAAGUAAUAUUCCAGUCCUCGUCAACAAAAAUAUUGCUCUGAUGAAGAUCAGUAAGGGUGAAUACAAAAGGUCCGUAACGAGCAUCGCGUGGACAGAAGUGAUGAAGGACUGCACGCAUCAUAGUCAGAGCGGCCAUUUGCUGCUGGCCGUCAUCCUCGUCAUGGAUUGAAUUUGGCUGAAAGGAGAUACGGUUGUCGUGGCAGCUCAGAAGGUCAGAGAGGUAAGGUUCCACAGCUGAGUAAGUAGAACCCCUGCUGAUAGUAGUCGGGAUAUCUUCAUUCUCCAAGGACUGAAGCUGAAGGGUCAGAGGGCGGUUGGUUAAGGUUAUAAAGCCUCGAUCAUUGAAGGUCAAGGAGCCGAUAGCUGCUAACGGAGAUUUGUUGAGCGAUAGGAUGAUCCGAGCCAAGCUAUGGAAAAGAUUCGAGCGGCGAGUCCUGUCAUGGCGGAGCGUAUCCCAGGAGUUGGAAAGCAUGGUUCCUUGCGAAACCCUACUGAUGAUGAUAUAGCCAGUACUUAAGGCAUCUUGGCAGCCUCGAUUGAUGUAUCGGGACGGAGUCGGAAAUCGAAGCCAUGAAAGUAGAGUCCUUUUCAUACGUGACAUCGACCGAACGAAUAAAGAUGUUUGUUCGGGAGCCGUAUGCUAAAAUGAUAGAAUUCUGGCCAUUCGGAAACCCAAACCCAAAUAGAUAUGGUAUCGACACGUCGGGACAAUUCUCCUGAAUCCAUAGAUACGAAGCAACCUCACAGCGAAGUUUCUCGUCCGCAUUUCCUGGCGACAUUGCUUCCCCAACUUUGUAAGGCAGUGGAAUGCGAACAAGCACUGAACGCACAUUGGAGGGAGGACUUAUGUAGACAGGUAUGCAAACAUUGUAGCUGCCAGAUAGCCAGGUCUGGACAUCACUAACUCGGCACUUCUCUACACGGAGGUGGAACGACACGAUAGCUUCGAUCUCGGUCUUGCGGGCGAACAAAUAGUUGAAGUACUCAUCUCUCUGUCUGGGAUACUCGAGUUGUUUCAGUAUGUUGUCGUCAUCCUCCAAGGCGCGGUCGAGAGCGAUCCUGCCUCUCAGGAGUGGUAGUGUGCUUGACAUGGCAGUAUCCAUCCACAACAAGCAUCUGAUAGUGGCAUCGAUCACCGUUGAAAAGAUUAUCGAGAUGAAUAUUGCAUGCUGUAUCGCUUGCCCCUGAGCUGGAAGACGUGGGUGUUGCUUAAUGUAGCGAUGGGGCCUCUCAAUGUCGACACAAAGGGCCAAUUGUGGCACGUGCGGAACUCCAAAG